AUGGCGUUCCUCAACAACUACCCUCCCUCCCUCAUAACAGGCCUCACCCUAGAGUUCACCAGGCAACCUUGCACCAGACAAACCUUCACCACCAUGGAAUCCCUCAUCACAGCUGCACGCACCAUCCAAACCCAACUAACAAGAAAUAGCACCACAAACCAAUACCUCCUAGUCCAAAAUCUACCCACGGACAUGCUCAACAGCCUCAUCGAAGACAAAAAUGCCCUAGACGGGAUCACCUUCCGAUUCACCUUCGAGGGAAGCACAGGACUAAUCAAGAUAAUCCCAGCUAAGCAUACCGCUGUGACAAGAGAACUAGCAAAGACCAUCCUGCUAGAAUGUCUUCUUGCCGGCGUCCCAAGCAAAGAGGAGAUUUACUGGACAGGAGGCAGUACCGCGCCCACUAUGUACAAGGCAGCAGCUGGCGACGCCAACAGCAAAGACAAAGGGAAACAACCAGAUGAUAGCUUCCUGCCACUAACCCGCCAGCCACACGGCUGGCCAACAUUAGUCAUCGAAUCUGGUAUUCCACAAUCCCUCCCUCGUCUCCGCGAGGAUGCGAAAUGGUGGUUUGAGACUUCCGCCGGAGCGGUGCGCUCGGUUCUCCUUUUGGGAAUCAACACGGAUAUCAGAACGAUCGAGGUAGAGAAGUGGGCGUUUGGUCACACCCAUGCUUGUCCUAUUAGGGCUCCGUACCUGGUGCAGAGCGUUACUGUCUCGCCUAGGGGGGUUGAGGGAGGUGCGGCGGUAAUGAUUCGGUUCCGGGAGUUGUUCUGUAGGCCUCGGAAAUGGGACGAUGAGGAGAGGGAUAUUUUACUGGGGGGUAAGGGGUUGGCUGAUGUUGUUAGGGUUUUAGAUUAG